CUUCACCCCUCCCCCCACCGGUGGGAGGGUCACGUGGGCGGUGCUGCUGCUAGGGGAAUCUAGAACAACAGCAAAGCUGAGGUCAAACUGCCAUACAGGAUGGACAUCAAGGAAGCUGUGUUGGGAACAAAAAGAAAUCAAAAUAAGCAACAUGAACCGUGAAGACCGGAAUGUGCUUCGUAUGAAAGAAAGGGAAAGGCGAAAUCAGGAAAUUCAUCAGGGUGAAGAAGCCUUCCCACCUAACUCUCCUCUCUUUGCUGAACCAUACAAAGUUACUAGCAAAGAAGACAAAUUAUCUAGUCGUAUUCAGAGCAUGCUUGGAAACUACGAUGACUCCUACGAAAUGAAGGAUUUUAUAGGAGACAGAUCUCUACAAAAGCUUGUUGCAAUUCCGAAACCUACCAUACCAUCAACAGCAGAUGAAAAACCAAACCCAAGUUUCUUUAGUGAACACAGACAUGGUAGCUCUCAUCAGAGCAGCAAAUGGACUCCUGUAGGACCAGCACCUAGCACUUCUUCCCAGUCACAGAAACGGUCUUCAAGUUUACAGAGUGGACACACUAGCCAACGGACCAGUGGAAGUGGUAGUAACAGCACUAGUAGUGUUGGUCAGAGGCAUGACCGUGAAUCAUACAAUAGUGGUGGCAGCGGCAGUAGUAGCCGUAAAAAAAGCCAGCACGGAUCAGAACACUCCAAGUCCCGUUCUUCCAGUCCUGGAAAGCCACCUGCUGUUUCUUCAUUAAGCUCUAGUCAUUCCAGAGCUCAUGGGAAUGAUCACCAUAGCAAGGAGCAACGUACUAAGUCACCACGGGACCCUGAUGCAAAUUGGGACUCACCUUCUCGUGUCCCUUCAUUUUCAAGUGGGCAGCACUCUAGCCAGUCUUUUCCACCUUCAUUGAUGUCAAAGUCAAACUCAAUGUUACAGAAACCUACUGCCUAUGUAAGGCCCAUGGAUGGACAGGAGUCCAUGGAACCAAAGCUAACCUCUGAGCACUACAGCAGCCAAUCCCAUAGCAACAACAUGAGUGAACUGAAGCCUAGUAGCAAAGCACAUCUAACCAAACUGAAAAUACCUUCCCAACCAUUAGAUGCAUCUGCAUCAGGUGAUGUGAGCUGUGUGGAUGAAAUCCUUAAAGAGAUGACUCACUCAUGGCCUCCCCCCUUAACUGCAAUUCACACACCAUGCAAAACAGAACCUUCUAAAUUUCCUUUUCCAACUAAAGAAUCUCAAUCAAAUUUUGGCCCUGGAGAACAAAAAAGAUACAAUCCUUCGUCUAAAACUUCAAAUGGACAUCAGUCUAAAUCUAUGUUAAAGGAUGAUUUGAAACUUAGCAGCAGUGAAGAUAGUGAUGGGGAGCAGGACUGUGAUAAGACUGUGCCAAGGAGUACACCAGGAAGUAAUUCUGAACCUUCACACCACAAUAGCGAAGGAGCAGAUAAUUCCAGGGAUGACUCAAGUAGCCAUAGUGGAUCUGAAAGCAGUUCUGGAUCUGACUCGGAGAGUGAAAGUAGUUCCAGUGACAGUGAGGCCAAUGAGCCAUCACAGAGUGCAUCUCCUGAGCCUGAACCACCACCAUCAAAUAAAUGGCAACUUGACAAUUGGUUGAAUAAAGUGAAUCCACAUAAAGUGUCACCAGCUUCUUCUGUAGAUAGCAAUAUCCCAUCUUCUCAAGGUUAUAAAAAGGAAGGUCGGGAGCAAGGACCAGGAAGUGGCUACAUUGAGCAGAAUGGACCUAAGGAGUCCAAUUCUACUCCUGGACGAGAUUCCAAAACUGUUCAAAAAGGAUCAGAGAGUGGUCGUGGGAGACAAAAGUCCCCAGCACAGAGUGAUAACACUACACAGCGAAGAACUGUAGGAAAAAAACAACCCAAAAAAACGGAGAAGGCAGGUGUAGAGGAGCCUCGAGGUGGCCUAAAAAUAGAAAGUGAAACCCCUGUAGAUAUUACAACAAGUAUGCCCUCUAAUAGGCACAAGGCAGCCACAAAAGGCUCAAGAAAACCCAAUAUAAAGAAGGAACCCAAAUCUUCACCUAGAUCAACAACAGAAAAAAAGAAGUAUAAAUCAACAAAUAAAUCUUCCCAAAAAUCUAGGGAAAUCAUAGAAACAGAUACUUCAUCCUCUGAUUCUGAUGAAAGUGAGGGUCUUUUUCCUUCUUCACAAACUCCUAAGUAUCCUGAGAGCAACAGAACUCCUGUUAAACCCUCCUCAGUAGAGGAGGAAGAUAGCUUUUUUCGGCAAAGAAUGUUCUCUCCUAUGGAAGAGAAGGAACUCCUUUCCCCACUUAGUGAUCCUGAUGACAGGUAUCCACUUAUUGUGAAGAUUGACCUGAGUCUUUUGUCAAGAAUACCAGGGAAACCUUACAAAGAAAUGGAGCCACCCAAGGUAGAAAAGAAAACUGUGCCUGAGAAACACACAAGAGAACCUCAGAAACAAGUCUCAGAUAAAGGUUCCACCAAGGGAAAGAGGAAGCAUAAGAAUGAUGAAGAUAACCGAGCUUCUGAGAGCAAGAAACCUAAGAUUGAGGAGAAGAGUUCAUCAGGCCACAAGACAUCCAGCAAUAGAGAGUCAUCCAAACAGAGUGCUAUGAAAGAGAAGGAUCCAUUGCCUUCUCCUGCUGGACCUAUUCCCAUAAAAGACUCAAAAACUGAGCAUGGAUCCAGGAAGAGAACAGUCAGUCAGUCAUCUUCCUUAAAAUCUACCAAUAGCAGCAACAAAGAGAGUAGUGGUAAAAACAGUUCCUCCACUUCCAAACAGAAAAAGACAGAAGGGAAAGUUUUUAGUGGUACCAAGGAAGCCAAGGAAAAGGCUCCAAGUAGUUCUUCAAACUAUCCUCCAGCUACACAAAUUCCUGAUGGCUCCAAAACACGAAGAGCAAAACUUGCCUUUGAUGACAGGACUUAUUCAGCAGACCAUUAUUUACAAGAAGCUAAAAAGCUAAAGCACAAUGCAGAUGCAUUGUCUGAUAGAUUUGAGAAAGCUGUCUACUAUCUUGAUGCUGUGGUAUCUUUCAUUGAAUGUGGAAACGCUUUGGAGAAAAAUGCUCAAGAAUCCAAAUCUCCAUUCCUUAUGUAUUCAGAGACUGUGGAGUUAAUUAAAUAUACUAUGAAGCUGAAGAAUUACCUGGCACCAGAUGCUACAUCUGCAGAUAAAAGGCUGGCAGUUCUUUGCCUUCGAUGCCAGUCCUUAUUGUACCUGAGGUUAUUUAAGCUGAAGAAAGAAAAUGCUUUGAAAUACUCAAAAACAUUAACUGAACAUUUAAAGAAUUCUUAUAAUAAUUCUCAAGCUCCAUCACCUGGCAUGGGAAGCAAAGCUGUUGGGAUGCCGUCCCCUGUUUCUCCAAAGCUCUCUCCUGGCAAUUCAGGAAAUUAUACUUCAGGGGCAAGCAGCACUUCAGGGAGCAGUUCUUCAGUAACUAUUCCACAAAAGAUCCACCAGAUGGCAGCCAACUAUGUUCAGGUCACAUCCAACUUCCUUUAUGCCACUGAAAUCUGGGACCAAGCUGAACAACUUUUGAAGGAGCAAAAAGAGUUCUUUGCUGAACUGGAUAAAGUUAUGGGCCCUCUCAUCUUUAAUUCAAGCAUCAUGACAGACCUAGUUCGUUACACCCGACAGGGACUUCACUGGCUUCGUCUGGAUGCCAAGUUAAUAUCUUGAACUGAAGGAUUCUUACCCAGAACAUAUUCUCGUUGCCUCUGAUUUUUCUCCACAACACUGUGUCAUAUCAAUAAGGAAGACUGCCAUAACACUGCUUAGUCAACACUAAGAGCAAGGAAUGCUUCUGCCUCACUGUCUCAUGUAUAUGUUGUGUUUUUUGUUUUUGUUUUUUUAACCUGAAGCCAUCAUGUUAAUGGACUCCUAAGGUAUUCCCUAUUUGGAAAGUUAUUUAAGUAUUUUUACAUCUGCAGCAUAUUAAUAAGAUGCAGUUUUAACUGAUCUGAAAUGAGAUUGGAAUUCUAGUUGUAAUGCAUAAGUAAUCAAUUUAAAUCAUAUUUAUUUUACUUUUUAACUGCCCAGUUUGGUGGGACUAUUUUAAUAAUUAUUUCUACCUAUAAAUUUAUCCUACCAAAUGCUUAGCAGAAAUUUCAUGCAGACACUUUUAUUUAUAUAGUUUAAGCUUUUUGUUCUCAGUAAUGUCUCCAUGUGGUAGAGCUUAUAAAAGGAUCAUUAUAUUCUCAAAUGUAGAGACAUGUAUUUAACAUGUUUGCUGCCUCCUAUUCAAAUCUUAAAUGACAACUACAGUUUUAGUAUUGCAGAAUUUGUACUUAAUGUUAAGGGAAAGAACCCAGAGAGGUUCUUGACCAUGGGAAAAGAAAUUUAAAUAUUAGAAUAUAGCAUUCUAGAUUGGGGGAAAAUCAUGUUUGAUUCAAGAUAAGUUGUUAUUUCAAGAAUCAUGAUCACAAUAACUAUAGCAGUCUCGCGAUGUUACAGUUACUUACAUUUAAUGAGUUAUAAAAGAGAUCAGGUAAGAACAUGAAUUCUGGGAGAUGUGCAUCAUACAGAAGGGUUUUUUUGGGGGGUUUUGUUUUUUUAUAAAAAGACAAUCUUGAACCUUCUUAGUUUUUUUGAAACUUCAUUCUCUUUGUUUUUGUCAGUUGACACUGCUUUGAAACAGUAUGAUUUACCAUUGGAAAAAUGGGUCUAAGAACUCUUUAGAGUCAUUCCUUCUCUAUUUCUUCCAAUGACUGAGAAAUUAGAAAUUUUGUUCAAACAUUCAUAUCUAUCUUCACGAUUCUCUUUAAAAAAAUUUUUUGUCAGCUUAUUUAUGAUACUUUGAUACGUGCGUGCAAUGACUGCUGUGGGAAUGGGUUGGAGUUUGGGUGUAUCCUAUUUCACCACACAACUUGGAGCAAAGUUUUAAAACCGUUCUGAUCUGGAGACAUAGAACUUGUUUUAAUCAUGUAUUUACCCCAUUGUAUUAUGAAGGCCCCCAAUGAGUAAUGAUUCUUUCUGUUGGGAGCAGAAUAUUCACUUUAGAAAAGUAUCUUACUGAUGUAAAAGGAGAGCCCUCCAUGGGUUUGAAGUGGCUGCUUUUGUAAAAGUUGUGCACCAAAGUACCUUUCCAUACAAGGUGCUUGUUGGAAUACAAGGUGAGAACUGUACUGUUUGUACUUUGCUUAGUGCCCCUAUCAUGUCUGGUGUGCCUUAAAUCUUACAUUUAGAUGAAGACUUGAUGGACUGUUUACAGACGAAGCGUCACAGGAGGACCAGGUCUACUGUGUUCAGCUGGUUUUGUGCAGUAGUUAGGUAAAAUUUCCUUUCCUUUAAAUGUUUCUUUAGGACUAACCAUGUAAAAAUAAUUGCUUUUAUAAAUGGUAACCCUUUAGUAUAGUGACUUAUUCUAAAUCUAGUAAGUCUGGAUUGUAUAAGGCUGCUGAAUUAAGCAGAUUUCACCCCAUACCAGAAAUGAACGUAUGCUUUCAGGGAAAAAAAAAAAAAAAAAAAGAUUGCAUUCAAUUUCUGGAUCAUCAUCACGUGCCAAAAGGAUGGCAAGUGCAAAAAAAAAAAAAGGAAUUGAAUGUUGAGUUGUAGACUUUGUACAACAUCAAGUACCACAGUUUAUCCUCUGGGUUUGAUCUUUUAAACUCACAUAUUUUACAAAUUAGCAAGCUUUUAUUGUAUUAAUAUAGUUGCAUAUUUGUAGGGCUUCCUUGAUUGUUUUGUACUUCCAAAAAAGAUGGUUUUCUACUGUCCAAGAAGGAAAAGUUAGCAGACCUAUAUUGAAUUGUAAACUUUCCUCUGGUGUAGACUUCUGUCAGUUUAGCACCCUUCUGAAUUUAAUUUGCAUUGAUUGAAUCUGUGUGUCUGAGUGUGUGUGUGUGUGUGUGUGAGAGAGAGAGAGAGAGAGAGA